CAAUGCGCAGGCGCGCAGCUUCCUACCCGGAAGUGUGUGCGGGGCGGCGGUGGAACUAAGUGGUCCCGGGGAGCCAUGGCCGCCGCCGCGCCCCUGGGGAGGCUGCGGCGCCUGUGUCACCGCUACCAGGAGUACGUGAGGCAGCACCCGGCCGCUACUGCGCAGCUGGAGGGCACCGUGCGGGGCCUCUCCUACCUGCUGCCAGGUCGCUUUUCUGAUUCCCAUGAACUUUCUGAGCUUGUGUACUCUGCCUCCAACCUCCUGGUGCUGUUAAAUGACUGGAUCCUCCGAAAGGAGCUACAGCGGACCCUGCCUGUGUCGCUACCCCAGCAGAAGUUGCUGACAUGGCUGAGUGUGCUCGAGUGUGUGGAAGUCUUUGCGGAGAUGGGGGCUGCCAAGGUGUGGGGUGAGAUGGGCCGAUGGACCAUCAUCAUCCUCAUCCAGCUGGCUAAAGCCAUCCUGCGCCUCCUGCUCUUGCUAUGGUACAAAGCUGGUAUCCAGACAUCUCCUCCAAUCGUGCCACUGGACAGGGAACAGCAGCAACUCCAACCAGAAGACAAGGAGGGCAGCUCAGCAGGGAAGGAACAGACAUAUGUUGGGAGGCGCUCCAGCCGUGUUGUGAGGUCCCUCGAAAGCACCCCAGCCUUGCAAUCCAGACAUUGGGGGUCUCCCCAACAGAGGGAGGGAAAACAGAACCGAAGAGCGGAGGAGAUGAACCAGGCUCCCACCCCUCUGGGGCUUCAGGAAACCAUUGCAGAAUCUGUCUACAUCACCCGGCCUCUGUUCCAUUUGUUGAGUUUAGGCAUAUGGGGCCAGAGAUCAUGGAAGCCCUGGCUCCUCUCGGGAAUCCUGGAUAUCACAAGCCUAAGUUUACUGAGUGAUAUGAAAGACUUGAAUAAGCGAGAGCGCUUGGAGCUGAGACGCCGAACCAUCCUGCUGCUGUACUACCUGCUGAGAUCUCCUUUUUAUGACCGAUACUCAGAGGGCCGGAUCCUCUUCCUGCUCCGCCUGCUGGCUGAUUAUGUUCCCGGAGUCGGGUUAGUCACGCGACCAAUGAUGAAUUACCUGCCAGCUUGGCAGAAAAUCUAUUUCUAUAACUGGGGCUGAUGCAGAAGUGGCCCUUUACUGCUGUGACCGGGGCUGGCUCAGAGUGGCGACAGGAUGUCUCCGGAGGGCAAGCUGGCUGGAGGGAUGUUUCUAUCGUAUCUAUUUUUCAGUUAAACCAUUGAUUAGAGACUCCCAUUCUCCAGGGGGCUUGUAACUUUUUUUACAUAGCUAGCUGUGAACAAUGGACCCUACGUGGGGUGAGAGACUUUUGCCACCCCAAGCCUGUACAAUCAUCACCUUCAGUGCUGAUCCAGGACCUCUUUUAUAAGCACUUGGCUUUUGUAUGGCUGCACAGUAAUAAAGUCAGGCAGUGGCACCAGU